AAACCGGAGCGUGUCACCGCUGCCAGUGCGCAUGCGCGGGGAGGCGGCGGCUCCUUUAUGAAGCCUCCCCUCCCCAGCCGUUGGACUCAGAGUCGCAGCCCGCGGUCCGCGAGCUGGAGAUGGUGUCCCGCGCGUGCUGCAUUUUUCACGCAUGCGACCAGCAUGCGCGUCCAGGGGCAACAUGACAGCUCGCAGCCGAGAGAAGGUCGCCCCGCCGCUGCGUCUCUCCGGCGCCUGCGGUUCGGAACGCGGGUUCUUCUGCUACGUCCUGCUGGUGGCGGUGUGCGCGCUCUGCUACGGUAACUCCCUGCGCGGGGAGUUCGUGCACGACGACGUGUGGGCGAUCACCAACAACCCCGAUGUGCGACCCGGCUCCAGCCUGCGCGCCGUCUUCUCCGACGACUUCUGGGGCAAGAGGAUGGCGGACAACACGAGCCACAAGUCGUACAGACCGCUGUGCAUCCUCAGCUUCAAACUGAACAUCAUGUUGGGUGGGAUGACGCCGCUCUACUUCCACAUGGUGAACGUGGUACUGCACUGCGCCGUCACGGCCCUGCUGAUGUACACGUGCAAGAGGGCCGUGUUCGACGACAGCCGGCUGGCCUUCCUGGCGGCGCUCCUCUUCGCUGUUCACCCCAUCCAUACAGAGGCGGUGUCUGGAAUUGUGGGAAGGGCAGAUGUCUUGGCCUGCCUGCUGUUUCUUCUCAGCUUCCUCUCCUACAUUAGGAGCGUGGGUAGCAGUUGCCCGGGCGACGGCUUCCCGCCCACGGUGUCGUCCUGUUCGUUGGUGCUCAGCCUGCUGCUGGGGUCAUGUGCCAUGCUGGUGAAAGAGACGGGCGUGACCGUGUUCGGCGUGUGCGUGGUGUAUGACGCCCUGGUCCUCUGCCGCCGACCCCUCCUCACGUACCUGUCAUGUGCCAGGAUGAAGGACCUCCUGAGGGCCCCAGGGCCGUUUGUGAAGCGUGCCUCUGCUGUGUCCCUUUAUGUGAUCAUCAUCAUGUCCUUCCGCCUGUGGCUUAUGGGCGGCUCCAUGCCGCUCUUCUCCGAACAGGACAAUCCGGCCUCGUUUUCCCCGCAGCUGCUCACCAGGUUCCUCACAUACAGCUACCUGCUGGCCUUCAACGCCUGGCUGCUGCUGGCACCCAUUGUGCUGUGUUAUGACUGGCAGGUGGGCAGCAUCCCGCUGGUGGAGUCUGUGUGGGAUGUGCGCAACGUCGCCACCCUGCUGCUGGGCAUUGUCAUGGUUGGCCUGUGCCUGCACUACCUGGCCUCGCUGCAGCGGCUCGAGAACCAGGAGGUGCUGGUGGGGUUGCUCUUCCUCGUGUUUCCCUUCAUCCCAGCCAGCAACUUGUUCUUUCGCGUGGGUUUCGUGGUGGCCGAACGCGUCCUCUACAUGCCCAGCAUGGGCUACUGCAUCCUGGUGGUCCAUGGGCUGAACCGGCUGUGCUCUCUGGUGGGGCGCUGGGGGACCACGGCCCUCACCAUCUCCAUGCUGCUGCUGCUUCUGCUCUUCUCCUGGAAGACCGUGCAGCAGAAUGAGGUGUGGCUCUCACGUGAGGCCCUCUUCAGAUCUGGCAUCCAGACCCUUCCACACAACGCUAAGGUGCACUACAACUACGCAAACUUCUUGAAGGAUUGCGGACGCAACCACGAGGCCAUUUAUCACUACAAGAUAGCGCUGAAGUUGUACCCACGGCACGCCAGCGCUAUGAAUAACCUGGGCACGCUGACACGCCACCCAGAGGAGGCGGAGCAGUACUACAGGAGGGCCCUGGACAUCAACCAACAGCACAACAGAGCGCUCUUCAACCUGGGCAACCUGCUCAAGUCGCAAGGGAAGGAGGCCGAGGCAGAGCAGCUGCUGAAGGACUCGAUCCGCUUCGGCCCGCACUUUGCCGAUGCCUACUCCAGCCUGGCCUCGCUCUAUGCGGAGCAGAAGCGCUUUGCGGAGGCCAAUGAAAUCUACCUGCAGGGCAUCGAGAAUUGCCCCGACAGCUCCGAUUUGCACAACAACUAUGGAGUUUUCCUAGUGGACACAGGUGACGGGGGAAGGGCGGCAGUCCACUACCAGCAUGCUGUGCGCCUCAAGCCCACGCACUACGUUGCCAUGGUGAACUUGGGCCGGCUGUUGCGCUCGUCCAAUGACAACAAGGAGGCUGAGGCCUGGUACAAGAGGGCGCUGCAAGUGACGCGAAAGGUGGAGAUCCUGACGCCCCUGGGGGCGCUCUACUACAACACGGGCCGCUACGAAGAGGCGCUGCAAGUGUACCGCGAGGCUGCCGCCCUGCAGCCCGACAGCACGGACAUCUGGCUGGCCCUGGCCCAGGUGCUGGCCAUGGCAGGGCGAACGAAAGAAGCUGAAAAGAUGACUUUUGGGAUCAUAUCGAAAAAUGAGGCCUGCGUCGAGUGUUUCCGCCUCCUGUCUGCAAUCUACAGCAAGCGAGGGAGCCAUCAGGAGGCGCUGGAGGCUCUCGAGAAGGCGCUGGAACAGAAUCCAGAGGACCCAGGAGUCAGGGCAGAGCUUCACUUCUCCAAGGGUAACCAGCUGCGAGAGAUGAACAUGCUGGACAGUGCCUUCGAGAGCUACAAAAAGGCUGUGGAGCUGAAUCCUGACCAGUCACAGGCCUGGAUGAACAUGGGAGGAAUUCAACAUAUCAAGGGAGACUACUCCUUGGCUCGACUGUACUACCAGAGGGCCCUGCGGCUGUCCCCGGGCUCAAAGCUGCUGAAGGAGAAUCUGGCCAAGCUCGACAGGCUGGAGAAAAGGCUGAAUGGGGCGUAGGGAAGGAGGCUGGAGGGACUGAGACUCGACCAUGGGCAUCUGGAGGAGGCGUGGCUUAAGACAAAGCCACAUGGGGCUGCGGUUUUUCUCUCCGAGUCCCUGUCUGGGAGGAGAUGUUGCAGUCCAGCUGCUUGGACUUUGGGGUUCAAGAGUUGAGAGGUACAGGCUGUAAUAUGUAGGCAAGACUGGGAGGUUCUAAGCAGAUGACCAUGUGGUCAAGCAGCACAUGGGACUGUUUACAGACCCUGUAAUGAACAAGGUCUUCCUCCCGCAGUCUGGGUAAGCUUUAAUCCAACAUCAGACUUUUAGCUGGAAAUGUUUGUCUUCAUUCACCUCAAAAAUCAACUUGAAAUGAUUUUGUUUUAUUUGAUCCCCCCCCCCCCUUUAAAGUCAAUGGUAUGGAAUUGGAUAUUUUGAAAAUGGUUUACAUUUUCAGCAAAAAAUAAAAGAGAAAAAAGGUAAUAGAGCAAACACACAUUUUACUCUGGAAGCUGUUGCUUGGUGUGUGUCCAUUUGGUGUUCAGAUAUUGUUAAUUCUCUGUAUGGUGUGAUGUUUGGUUGUUGGGUCACCUAUGAUUGGUGAGGUAAAGGGAGCAGCCUGUAAUUUCCACAUCACGCAAGCAGAGGUUUACAUCUGAAUCCCAUGGAGACCUGGAUUGGUGUUUUGUUAAACAAAAACCUGAUGGGACUUUCUUUUAUGGUCAUUUCAUUCUUGAGGUUAAGGCCUGUAUUUCAUAUGAAGGGGAAUGUAAAAUGGAGUCAAGGAAAAAAGUUGUGCAAUGAUUGUAAUAUUAAACUUGUACCACACUUGUGUAUCAUAUUUCUUUUGUUUUCAUUUUAAAUCACAGAAUUAGAUUUCCAAACCAACGAUGGCUUUUAUAUAAUAAGCUUGAUGAUCUGCAGUUUUCAGCUUUUCCCCAAUAUUAAAGCUUUAUGAUAGUGGCUAAUGGCAACGUUGCAGUAGUGUUGUAGAAAAGGUUUAGAAAAAUAUCUGUUGCCCUGGGCAAAAACACACGGAAUCUUACUGCGAACCGAUGUAUUUUUCAGUUAGAUUCAUUAGGGCACUGUACAUUGAACAUAGUAACAGUCAUUGGUGUUCAUGUUGUAAAAACCAUUUCGUGACACAGCAUUAUGGCUGGAGAAGGCCACUUGGGCUGCUUCGCUAUUGACAUCACUAUUUUGCUGAUUAUAAAGUAUAUUUUAAGUGAGAAAGCCGGGAAUGUGUCCUUUAAAUAAAGCUCUAACUUAAAUGUGUACUCCACAAAAUGAUGAAAAGUUUAAUUUUUUUGGUCUUUUAUUUCACAGCUAAUUAACACCCCAAACAUCCAUGAUUUAAUAUACAUGAGGACAAAAUGAAAGUGUACUUUUGUUUCCCUCCAAACCAAUGUGACCAUAUCUACUAUAAUUUUCAUCAAACUUUCAUCCUUCCCUCUCAUUUGUAAUUGUUACAUCUGAUAUCAAAAGUACCCUAAAAUAUCAACAAUGAAAACAACUGGAAGGAAUGCUGGCGCUGCUUACGUUUGUAACCUUAUUAAUGACAUCUUAAGAGUAUGUUUUGAAUAUUUGGAAGAAAUGCUUGAAGUGUAAUUAUAAUUUAUUAUUUUUUUUAUUAUUAUUUUGAAUGAGCAUGCGAAGUUAUGGCAGGAAUCUCUGAAGUGCAGCAAUUUAAAAUCUAAUUUUAUUUAUUUAUGUUUAUGCAUAUGAAAGGUUUAUUUGCAGCCUUCAUGUGUAAAUGUUUACUUGUGAAUUGUGGUGUCUGCCAUGCAUUGAUGAAAACUGAAAGUAUGAUAAGCUAAUCGAAUAAACGUAAGGGGACGGGGACAUAUUUUCUACAAAUCAUGUCAGUGUGAAUGUGGCCAAAGGACUUGUAUGUGUUCUGUCAUUCCAUCGAAAACAUGGCACCCUGAUCUGGCCCAGGAUAAGGGCAAGGAUUUUAAGACAUUUUAAACUGGAAAAUCAUAUCAUUUUUGAACUGUAACAUUUCUUUUCUUUCCCCACUUUUCUAUGAAAGGACAUUUAGUUGAGUUAUCCUCCAUGUUGUGAAGGACACUGUUUGUUAGCUACAUUACUUUGUUCUGUAAUAAAACUAUAU